AUGUCACAAGACCAGCUUCCACCACAGGGUGUCACACUCUCCUGCGAGCGGCUCGGCAGCCAAGAAGGGUCCGACGCUGGUGGUGCCGCAGCAGCGUGCUCAUACCAUCGCACCCCCCUGCCUUCCAUGUGUGUCGCUCUCCCCUUCCCCCCUCCAAACCCCAACCAGGGUGUCCGGCACUCCUGCAAGCGGCCCAACGCUGGUGGUGCCGGCUCAGCGUUGGGCCCUCCUGCAAGCGGCUCGGCAGCCAAGAAGGGCCCAACGCUGGUGGUGCCGCAGCAGCGUGCUCAUACCAUCACAACCCCCUGCCUUCCAUGCCGCAGCGGUGCGCGCACACCAUCACACAGUUCUCCUGCGAACAGCUCGGCAGCCAAGAAAGCAGGCCCGACACUGGUGGUGCCGCAGCAGCGCGCACACACCAUCACAAAGGAGCGACUGGCGAUCGUGCAGUCCAUGGAUGGCUGGGCGGGGAGCACUCCAUUAUGGGGAGAGGCUGGCAAUCGUGCAGUCACCCCAUGGAUGGCCCUCUCUCUCCCAACCCUCGUUUCCCCCUCCCUCCUUCCGCGUGUGUGUUUCCACCACACCACAGGGGUGAAUGGCUCAGCCAGUAGUAAGAAGGCAGGGCCGACGGUGGUGGUGCCGCAGCAGCGCACACAUACCAUCACAAAGGAGCGCCUGGCGGUCGUGCAAUCCAUGGACGGCUGGGCGGAAAGCACGCUGCUGCCACUGCUCAAGCCUGUCGAGGCCAGCUGGCAGCCGCAGGAUUACCUCCCCCAACCCGAAAAGGAAUCUUUUUUGGACGAAUUGGCUGACCUGCAGGCCAGGGCAGCGACGCUCCCAGACGACUACCUGGUGUGCCUCGUGGGGGAUAUGAUCACAGAAGAGGCCCUCCCCACCUACCAAACCAUGCUCAACACUCUCGACGGGACCAAGGACGAGACUGGCGCCAGCCCCAGCCCAUGGGCGGUGUGGACGAGGAAGUGGACGGCGGAGGAGAAUCGGCACGGAGAUCUGCUGAAUCGGUAUCUGUAUCUCACCGGGCGGGUGGAUAUGCGAGCUGUUGAGAAGACCAUCAACUACCUGAUCGGAUCGGGGAUGGACCCCAAGACUGAGAACAACCCUUACCUUGGCUUUGUCUACACGUCCUUCCAGGAGCGGGCGACCUUCAUUUCCCACGGCAACACGGCGCGCCACGCCAAGGAGUUCGGCGACGACCGACUGGCGGUGAUCUGCGGGAUGAUAGCCGCUGAUGAGAAGAGGCAUGAGAAGGCGUACUGUGCGAUCGUGUCACGGCUGUAUGAGCUGGACCCGAGUGGGGCGAUGCUGGCAUUCGAAGAUAUGAUGAGGAAACAGAUUGUCAUGCCAGCCCACCUCAUGUACGACGGGGAGAACCCCAAACUCUUCGACGAUUUCUCCGCUGUAGCGCAGCGCACUGGGGUGUACACUGCCGGAGACUACGCCGAUAUAAUGGAGCACCUUAUAGCGGUUUGGGAUGUCGAGAAGAUGGAGGGGCUUUCCCCAGAGGCGGCACGCGCGCAGGAGUUUGUCUGCAAGCUGCGGCCCAGGAUCAGGAGGUUGGCAGAGCGGGCGGCAGAUAAGGAGACGCGCCGAUCCCCAUACCCCUUUCCCUUCCCACAUCCCCUUUCCCUAACCCCAUCCGCCUUCCCCUCCCCCAUCCCCCUUCUCUUUCCCCAUCCCCCUUCUCUUUCCCCAUCCCCCUUCUCUUUCCCCAUCCCCCUUCUCUUUCCCCAUCCCCCUUCUCUUUCCCCAUCCCCCUUCUCUUUCCCCAUCCCCCUUCCCUUCCCGCAUCCCCUUUCCCUUUCCCCAUCCGCCUACCCUUUCCCCAUCCCCUUCUCUUUCCCUAUCCCCCUUCCCUUCCCCCAUCCCCCUUCCCUUCCCCCAUCCCCCUUCUCUUACCACAUCCCCUUUCCCUUCCCCACACCCUCCUUUCCCUUCCCCCAUCCCCCAUUCCCUUUACCCAUCCCCCAUCCCUUCCCUGCAUCCUCCUUUCCCUUCCCCCAUCCCCCUUCCCUUCCCCCAUCCCCCUUCCCUUCCCUCAUCCCCCUUUCCCUCCCCCUCUGCUAUCACCUUCUUUUCUCUUUCUGCUACCACCUCCCUUCCCCCUCUGCUGUCACCUCUCAUCCCGUGAUACCACCUCCCUUCCCCCUCUGCUGUCACCUCUCAUCCCGUGCUACCACCUCCCUUCCCCCUCUGCUGUCACCUCUCAUCCCGUGCUACCACCUCCCUUCCCCCUCUGCUGUCACCUCUCAUCCCGUGCUACCACCUCCCUUCCCCCUCUGCUGUCACCUCUCAUCCCGUGAUACCACCUCCCUUCCCCCUCUGCUGUCACCUCUCAUCCCGUGCUACCACCUCCCUUCCCCCUCUGCUGUCACCUCUCAUCCCGUGAUACCACCUCCCUUCCCCCUCUGCUGUCACCUCUCAUCCCGUGCUACCACCUCCCUUCCCCCUCUGCUGUCACCUCUCAUCCCGUGCUACCACCUCCCUUCCCCCUCUGCUGUCACCUCUCAUCCCGUGCUACCACCUCCCUUCCCCCUCUGCUGUCACCUCUCAUCCCGUGCUACCAGCUCCUCCCAUGAAGCCAACACUUCGCCAACCCUUUCACCUUUUUCCCCUGCUUUCACACACUAUUCCGCCAAGCAAUCACUUCCCCAAUUCCUCCCUGCCUCCUUUCUUUCCCCAUGCCAUGCCUCCCCUCGCUUUCCUCCCAUGCCUCAGCUCUGUUUUCCCACUUGUCUCCCCUCUGCUUCCCCCCUUUCUCCCCCCUGUUGA